AGUGAAAACAACUCCUAGCGAUGGCGCCGGAACCGCCACCCAGCGAGACUCUCUUUGUGACCGGAUUGCCAAUGGAUUGUACCAACGAGUAUGGCAAGCAGAUUUUUGCACAGUACGGCACAGUGAAGGAGGUGACGACGCUCCCCGUUGCUGCGGGCAAGACAGCAAAGGCAGCCUUCAUCAUCAUGGAAACCGUUGAUGAUGCGAAGUGGAUCGUCGAGAAUGUCAACGGCAACGUGCCACAGAACCUCACGAGCCCGGUGACGGUGGUGUUUGCCACACCUCGAGCUCAAAGGCCUGGAGGUGGAGGUGGCAAAGCUAUGGGGAAGGGAAUGCCCAUGAAGGGUGGCAUGCCUGGCAUGAUGGGCAUGAUGAGCAUGAUGAUGAACUCAUGGGGUGGCUGGGGCUGGGGUGGCAAGGGCGGCGGCGGCGGCGGCAAGGGCUUCAACGACCCUGGCCGCUUUAAAACAGUGAUGUGCAAGUUUUACGAGACUCAGGGCUUCUGCCAGCGCGGGGACUCCUGCACCUUUGCGCACGGCGCUUGGGAGCUGGGCAAAGGCGGCGGCGGCAAAGGGCCUGCGAUGGGCGGCAAAGGGCCUGCGAUGGGCGGCAAAGGAGGCAUGAUGGCCCUGGGUGGCAUGAACGGUAUGAACGGCGGCCCGCCUGGCGGCAAGUUCAAGACGGUGAUGUGCAACUACUUUCUGCAGGGCACCUGCACGAGGGGCGCCAGUUGCACCUAUGCCCAUGGCCCACAUGAGCUGAAGCAGUGAGCCUGGGAGAAGGAGCCGUUUGGCCUUGGCAUGUGCCCUUGAUGUUUG